AAAUUAAAAUUAAAAAGUAUAAAGUACAGUGUUGCCACUCAUAUACCUCAUUGUGAUACCAGUCAUAGCUGAAAAAAAUGGCAGUCCCUAAACGAAGAGUGCAAGGACAGAGAUGACGAUUAGUUACAAUGUUUCAUCGCUAUGCGACGCUAGCAUUGCAAUUUUCGUGAAUUAUCUGUUUAUUACAGUCAUAGUUAUACGAAUUAUAUUAUAUUACAUUGAAUGCAGUUGGAAGUACGACAAAAAUAAGAGAAAUGAACAAGGAAACGAUGGAUUUGGAGGAUGUAAACAUGAACGAUGUUACAAACUCCGAAGAGGAGUAUUCGGAAAAUGAACGCAAAUUACUCAGGAAAGUGCGAGACAGACAAUCUUCGGAAAGUUAUGACAGUGAUUAUGAAGUAUAUGGGUUAUUGGAUGCGAACGAACAAAACAAAGAUGAUACGGAAAACGAAGACCAGACAGAUUCCAUGGAGUCUGACAUCGAAGGACUGCAAGAGGAUUUUGAUUUGCCAAAUGAGAAAGCUUGGGGAAGAAAGAAGAAAGCGUAUUAUUCUACGGAUUUCGUAGAUCCUGAUUAUGCUACUAUCAGUCAAAAAGACUUGGAGGAGGCAGAAAUAGAGGAGGAAGAGGCCAAAAACAUUCAGAGAAGAUUGGCAGAGCAAUUGGACGACGUUGAUUUUGGACUAGAUCUCGUACAACCAGCAACAAAAAGUAACGAUGAAAAGGUGUACGAGGACGUGGAGCAAUUUAUAAAAACAGAUCUCGACAAACUUAGCAAGAGACAAAAACAAACGAUGAUGCAGAAAGAAAGUCCGGAAUUUAUGAUUCUUGUAAAUGACCUUAAAGGUCACAUGACGGAAGCAAGAGAUUCACUGGCACCGUUUCUAAGAUUAAUCAAAGAUGGUAUUGUUCCUAAUUGUCCAGCGGUUUCCUUCAUAAAGACGAAGUAUCAUCUUUUAUUAAAUUACUGUAUCAAUAUUUCGUUUUAUCUGAUGCUUAAAGCAAAAAGACUGCCUGUUAAUUCUCAUCCAAUUAUAAAACGUUUGGCACAGUAUCGUCAGCUGUUGAAUCAACUAGAAUCUGCGCAAGGAAAGUUAAUGCAAGAAAUACAGGAAAUAUUAAGAGCAGAGAGAGAAGGGAAAGCACUGUAUAAUACAUUAGGUGAUAAAAUAAGCAUUGAUAAUCAGAGGACAUGUUUCAAAGAAAAAGUGAAUUACGUAAAAAAAGCUGUAGAUGAUGCAAAUGUACAUUCGCCAGAAUCUGAAUCUGAAUUUGAAUCUGAAUUGGAAGCAGAAAAUGAUAAACAUAUAAAUAAAGAAAAGGGCUUGGACAAUAAAGAAAAAAAUAAAAUGGAAAGUACCAAUGUGCCAGAUGUAAUCGAAGAUAAAGGAAAACGAGCAAUUACAUAUCAAAUGGCAAAAAAUAAAGGUUUAACGCCGUAUCGUAAGAAAGAACAACGCAACCCUAGAGUAAAACAUAGAAAUAAAUAUCGCAAAGCAAAAAUUCGUAGGAAGGGAGCGAUAAGGGAAGUAAGAAAAGAGAUCACUCGUUAUGCUGGAGAGAUAUCGGGCAUUAAAGCUAGUGUAAAGAAAAGUAUCAAAUUAAAAUAAAAAAUGGAGCUGUAGAAAACAUAUUUUAUAUAAAAUUUCGUUUUUGAAAUUA